UAAUAAACCCUAGCCCCUCUUUCAUCUCUUAUUGCAUAAACCCUAAUUUCAACGGGGACGACAACUCUCAGUCUCUCGUUCAAUUUCCGGCGCAAAUUAUUCACUGAUUUGUUUUUCAACCCAGAAAAAUGGAAGAUUUAAUCGCCUCCGCGAAGAAAGAGGUAUUGAUUGAAAUGGUUAAAUUGGCGCAAAAGAGAGGAAUGUCUGGAAGCAAAGGUACCUGGAAAGAUUUUUUGAAAUCUUAUGAUAGUAAGUUCGGGUCUAGCUUGAGUGACCCGGCCCGGAGGUCUGUUGAGUCCUUGCAUGAAUUUUUGAAGUCUUUCACCAAAGAUGAUGAUUUGAGGUUCUUUGAGAAAGUAUUGCAAUGUUAUUCCAACCGUGAUGAGGUGGAGCAAAUUAAGAAAAGCUCUCCUGAUAAUGAAACUGCCGAACAGAAAUUAGUCCGCUUGACUUACGAGAAUCCCAUGUACCCUGUUGAGUAUUCGUUCCCCUCGUACGAAGAUGAAUGGUUGACUAUAAAACCCCGUAAAAAGUCUAAGGCCAUGAAGUCUACGGAAAUAAUUGCUAUUGAUUGUGAGAUGGUUCUCUGUGAAGAUGGCAGUGAAGCUUUGGUGAAGGUGUGCGCUGUAGACCGUAAUUUACAGGUUAAACUUGAUCGAGUUGUAAACCCGAAUAAAGCAAUUGCAGAUUAUCGAACGGAGAUAACUGGAAUCUCUGCAGAAGAUUUAGAGGGAGUGACAUAUUCUUUGAAAGAUGUGCAGAAAUCUUUGAAGAAGUUGUUAUCACAUGGUGCCAUUUUGGCUGGCCAUAGUCUCAAUAACGAUCUUUUAGCAAUGAAGGUGGACCACAAAAGAGUGAUCGACACAUCUUAUGUCUUCAAGUAUGCAAAUAUGCCAAUCAACAAGAAAGCUUCUCUGAGUUUGUUGUGUAAGGCUAUGUUAGGUUAUGAGCUGAGGAAAACAGGAAGUCCGCACAACUGUCUUGAUGAUGCAUGUGCUGCAAUGAAGCUCGUGUUGGCCCUAUUAGAGGGAAAAAUUGACGAAGUCAUAGCUGAAAAGUUUAAAGAACCGGAAAUGGCAAAGUUGCUUGUACACAGAAUCCCCGCCAAUUUUGAUAGCAGUGACUUGAAGAGUAUUAUUUCUGGGAAUUUCUCUAUUGAAACGAAGAUGGAUAAAAUAAUAAAAAAUUCUACCUACAAGGCGUAUGCGAUAUUCAAAAAUUAUCAAGAAGCAUUCGAUGCUUUUGAUAAUCUUAAAGGUGACUUGGAAAAGGAUUCAUGUGGGCGGCCACAAAAGAUUGUAACGUUUAAUCUUGACUCGGGAUUAACCGGCACUCUCUGUGUUUGUAAAAUUUACUCCGAGGAUUAUGUUGGAGGAAAAUUGACGAGAAAGAGGUUAAUUGAAGACGAUGCUUCUGGUGAAACAAAGAAGUUGAAAACAGACCAAAAUCCGGAGCCAGUUGAGGAACGUGAAACGCAUUUGAAAGAGAUUGACAGGUUGAAGCAAGAGCUAUGUGAAACACAUUUGAAAGAGAUUGAAAGAUUGAAGAAAGAGCUUAGUGAAAGAGACGCGCAAAUUUCAAUCUUGACCAAAUUAAAUGUCGCACUUGCUAGGAAACAAGGACUCUGAGCCACUCGCAUGAACAACUGCCGUGGCUGUUUUAUUAAACAAGGAUGAAACGGUAAUCUUGUGGGAAACGUGUUUGAUUAACCGAAGAAGUCUUUUUUUCCCCCAUGAAAAUCCUGGAAGAAGAAAGAUGUAUACAGGUGGACUGAUGAAGAUGGAGGCUGUAUUAUUGUAUUUUUAAAAACUUCAUUCUAUUUUAUUUUUCGAGAAUUUUGUUGUGUUAUUUGGAUGCAUUUUUUAUUUGUUGUGUUAUUUGGAUGCAUUUUUUAACAUAAUUUAUACGAUAGGAUAUUCUGUCUUAUUUGUUAAGGAUUUACGACAUCUUUGUCGAGCUUCUAGACUUUCUAUCUUGAGGCAUGAAUUUUCAGAAUUUGUAGCUUCAA